CCGGCCGAGCGCCGCCCUCCUCGCACAACCCGCCGCUGCCUGGGCGCGCGGGGCGGCAGAGCGGCUGGCCGGGCAGGGCAGAGCCGGGGCGGCGAUGCGUUGGUGCCGGGCAAGCCUUCGGGAGCCUCGUCCGCCGCCGCCGCCGCAAGAUGCCCGGGAAGCUCCAGAACCGCUACAACCUGGUGGACGACGCGGGCGACGCGCGGCUGCCGCUGCACAACGAGGAAGCCUUCCAGCACGGCAUCCACUUCCAGGCCAAGUACAUUGGAAGCUUGGAUGUGCCAAGACCCAACAGCCGUAUGGAGAUUGUGGCCGCCAUGAGAAGAAUCCGGUAUGAGUUUAAGGCAAAGAACGUGAAGAAGAGGAAAGUCAGCAUCGUGGUCUCGGUGGACGGGGUGAAGGUGCUGCUGAGGAAGAAGCCGAAGGUGGGAGCCCAGAGAUCAGCGGAGCAGUGCCCCAGGAGAAAGGAAUGGACAUGGGAUGAAGGCAAAGUCACGGUGAUGCAUGACCCUGUCUAUCGGAUCUUCUACGUUUCCCACGACUCUCAAGAUCUGAAGAUCUUCAGCUACAUUGCCAGGGAUGGCACCAACAACUCCUUCCGCUGCAACGUUUUCAAGUCCAAGAAGAAGACCCAGGCCAUGCGUGUGGUGCGGACAGUGGGCCAAGCUUUUGAGGUGUGCCACAAACUCAGCCUGCAGCACGCCCUCCAGAAUGCGGACGGCCAAGCGGAUGGGGCCAGCAACAAUUCUGCCGAUGACGCUCAGAUAGAAGGUCUCCAACCGCUGGAACCAGCCUUGGCUGACCGAGACCUCGGCUUGGCCGGAUCAGUAGGCGUGUGCCUCCCCGACUGUGGGGUCUGUGAGCUGCCUUUCUCCGUGCCUGACCUGGGAGAGCUGAAAAACAGGCUCAGCCCCAAGGCGAAGGACAGCCAGGAAAAGGAGAACUGCGGUCUCCGGCCAUCCUCAGCCCAGCCCCUGGGCAGCACGGGGAGCCCCUCUUCCUCUGCCUCGACCACCCCACUCGCCUCCCAGCACUGCCUGCAGCUUCUCCAACACCAGCUCUUCCAACAGCAACAGCAGACGCAGGUGGCAGUCGCACAGGUGCAGCUUCUGGAGGACCAGCUGUCCGCCGAGACCACGGCCCGCGUGGAGGCCCAGGCUCGUGUCCGUCAGCUGCUCCUGACCAACCGCGAUCUCCUUCAACAUGUCUCCCUGCUGGUGAGGCAACUGAAGGAGCUGGAGAUCAAGGUGCAGCUGCGGCGUCCAGUUGAGCGUUCCCUGCAGAACCUGAGCUCGGAGCACCCUCUGUCCCUCAACGUGAAGGACCACUACGGUCUGGAAAUCAACUUGUCUUCCACCUCAACACCAGCCAGCUUAGUGGGCAGCCCCACGACGCAUCUGGCUUCUUAUGAAUCCCACCAGAACGUGACCAAGUUGGAGAUGGGUAGCGGACUGUCCAGCAGGCUGGAGAAAGAGGAACAUCUGGCGGUUCUGGAAGGGCCUGACGGACUCCGCAGUGUGGAGGGAUCUGAAGCGGAUGAAUGCAGUGCGCCCAAUGGAAGCACGCAACCCACUUGCAGUGGUCCAGAUGCCGUGAUGCUGAGGGAAAGAUUGCAGAUGUUCAUCCCCAAGCUGAAUCCACCUCCACCAACCCUGCGAAGGAGGUCAAGUAAAACCAUCUCUCCCUGCUCGGAGACAGAGAAGGUUGCGGUGACUUCCAGGGCCGCCCCUGAACCCUCCGUGCUCAGCAGUCCAGGCAUCUUCUCUAGGUCUGAGUUUGAAGCCAGGACGCUGGGAGGAAGCCAGAACGCCAGUGCCCGUGCCAAAACCCAAGGCCAGGAGAGUCUUGGGUGGCCAACAGAAGCCCAUCUGUGGGUGGAAGCAGCUGAGAACUGGGAUGCCCCACGGCCCUUCUUGAGCAUCGAUGAAACCUGCCUGCACAUCAGCCUGUCUGAGGAUGAGCUUGACCGGAAGGGCAGCUGUGUUGCUCACGCAUAGGAAUGCUUGAGGGACAGACCGUGGUGGAUCGCUCUGCAAGACAGAACUCCUAAAAUGGAUCCAUUCAAGUAACCUGCAGAAGUUGGGCACUGAAACCGCUGUCUCCAAUUGAAGGCAACUUGAAGGCUGCCACCUCAGAAGCAGCGUCUUCCUCCAUUUGAAGGCUCCUAAGAAGGUUUCACCCAACGUCUUGGCGGGGUUGGCUGGUUUGCAGACUGUGAUACCCUUGUAAGCAGUCCAUCGGGAAACAUCUUCAACUCCCAUCUGGAGAGGACCUCAGCCCCAACGGCUGAGCAAAUGGCCCUGCCAGAAAUUGCUCCCAAGGCUUGAAGGACAUCCAAGAUAUUUCAGGGGUAAAGAGGACAGGACAGGUAAUUUGCACGUGGCCCAGAUAAUGCCAAAAAACCUCAGGAGGUCCGUUCCAUCAUUUGGUGAACAUCUGAGAGAAAGCUAGUUCCAGCUGAGCAACGAUUUCCAGGCGUCUCCAUGGAAUCAAGCAGAUUGCUCUCCAACAAGUCUAUAGGACAGAAGCUGACUCCACCAGUGCCAGGAUUUUGGAGCUCAAGAAACGUGGUACCCCCCAGAAGUCUCUUUCCUCCCUGCCUCCUUUAUCAGCUUAACUUCUGGGGUUCUACUGAUGGAGAUGUGGGGAGGGGGGCGAGAGAAUCAGGAGAGAAGCUGGUGCUUACAUAAAAAAAGAUUUUAUUGGAUCCAAAGAAAGAGAUUCUGCGCAGAUUCAGGAAUUUGGGCUGAGUUGCCAGAAUGGGAGAUGCUCACACCUGGGGUCAAGGCCAUCUGGGACAUGCAGAGGCUGUCAUAGCUCCCACCACCAGCCCAAACCCCCAUCAAUACAAGGCGGGG